AUGGCGGAUGACGGUGCAUCUGAUGGUGCUUCAACUGUCUUAGACAAGCUUUGUGCCUACCUGGAAACCGUUGCAUCUCGCAAAAACCUGGGAGACCAUUUGAAUGAGGUUUUUCAAGAUCGGACCAAGAUGAAGGGAGCUUUGGAUGCCUAUGUGACAUCCCUUCCAGAUCAAGACCAUGGGAGAAGGAAUGUGCUGUCAGCUGUGCCUGCCACUUCGUUGUCGGAGUUCUGGCUACCACUUGAAUUCUUUGACUACUCUGAGAAGUCAAAGAAUGGGUAUUUUCCGAACAACAGCCAACUGUGCAUGUACUUUCGGGAGUUUGCACAGUUCGGGUACAAGUCGUCAGCGGAAGCUGUAGUCACCAAAUUCCCAUACUGUGAUGGGUCGCGUUGUUUGGAGCAGUUCUCAGUCGGAGUGAGCGACGGGUUCACGAAAGUACUUUUGAUGUUCCUCAUCAUUAGCUUCGUUGAAGAAUUGGAAUUGUCGAAGGAAGAGCAGGAGACGUUGAAAAACACCCUUUGCUCAUUUAAGUACGUGAGGUGUACGUACGAGCACUUCGACAAUCCAGGGCAUCAUUAUUUGAACUCGUUGAAACUGGGUUACCUCACUUCUGAGAAACAAGCUCCGAGCCCCAUUAGCAUGUUCGCUGAUAUCCAAGCCGCGAUCCAGAUGGAGCAACGAAUUACCAAGAGCAAAGCAUCGAUGCGUGACCUCUUGAACAAGACAUGCGCGAGCUACAACAAGAUGACGUCAAUCAAGAAACACCGCAUUGAUGGCGCUCGCAAGUCGCUGCUGUACAACUUGCUGCGAUCCCCAAAAGACUUCCUCGAUUUGGUCCACCGACACUACGAUUCCUAUCCUCAUCAGCAAUCAGGAUUGCCGUUGGAGAUAUUGGCCCAGGAGUUUUGGGUGCCUGGCUCAACUGUGAGGGCAGAAUGCCCACAGUAUCUUGGGAAAGAACUGUUCAGUGAGAUUCUCAGAGUAACUGAUGAAACAGCUUGCCUCUACGCAUUCCGAGACUUUGAGCGUCGUGCCAGUCCAGAAGCUUCGCUGAAGGUCAAGAAAUCAUCUCAGCUUUCCGACGAGCAACACUACCUCCUGUUUGACAUCGUUUGCUUAUGGUUGUGGUUGCUUCCCAAGUUGGUGAAGAACUAUCCCUCGGACAUCGUUCAGAAGCACCAUGAACUCUUCCACAAAGGGUUAUUGGACAAAGACUUGGGUUCUGUCAUGAAGGCUGGAGAGGAGUUCGAUUACCAGCGCAUUGCCUUCGUUUUGGAGAUUCGUGGCGAACACAUCGAUCAGUAUGUGAGUGAGCAUCAAGACCGGGCCCGUGAUGCACAUGCCAAGUCGCUUCAAGCGGCAUUUGCAGCGUGGCAAGAAGACCUCGCUGCCGAUCAAAGCAAAUUUGAAGCGGACCGAAUCUUGACCCUUGGUGUGAAUAGCUGUAACAAAACAUGUGGUUCAAUGGGAUGA